GUGACUUCGCUCUCUGAUCGGCGGUUGGCGCCGGUUUGAGUUUGCCUUGCCCAGGCUGGGGGAGGUCACGUGUUCGGCGGGGAGCCAAUCGGAGGCUUGAAUUGUAUUCUCCCAGCGCCAGCGGCCCCGCCUACUCCCGGGGCCUGAAGCAGGCGGUAGCUGGAGAGAGAGAAGCGGUUGCUGACCCGGGAAGGGGGUGAGUUACCGGAGAGGGGGUGUGUGGAGGUUUUAUAUUGAGUUGUGGGAAGGCUGUGUCAGGGCCCUGUGAGGACCCCCCUGUCUGUAACCCGCACUAUCCCUCCAUGGGGGUCUGCACUAGUUAAACAUGUCUGCCGGGGGGUCUCUGCCUGUUAGAGACCCCCAUAUUCACAUCAAGGGAGCCCUAUCUCCUACAGCAACAACACUGAAACUUUCCAUGUUAGACUGCAACUCCCAGCACGCUGGGCUACACUAGGGCUGAGAGUGAUGGGAGUUAUCCUGUACUUAUUGGGGGGGGGUUGUUGUCUGUGCCACACCUAGUAAUAUUGGUUAAUGAAAUUCUAGUUAACUUUGGUCUUAACCCAAUUCGAUCAACUCCAUGUAGACCGUGGCUGAGAGUGGUGGGAGUUGUACUGUGCUUAUACAGAAGUUGGAGAGUGGGUGGUGUUGUCUGUGCCACUCCAUAUAAUAUUGCACUUGUAUUGAAAUUUGUAGUUUACUUAUGUCUUAACCCAGUCCUAACAUGUCCAUGUAGACUGUGGCUGAGAGUGAUGGGGAUCAUACUGUAGAUUAGACAUAGAGACAUUUUGAAUGUGUUGGUGUGAGAGCGAGAGUGUGUGCCAUACACCUUGAGGUGGGAAAUCGAUCAUCCAGAAAAUAAUGUUUUUAUUGUAGUUCUAGUUCACUUUAGCUUAUGAAGAGCAAUCCCUUCAGCCUUGUGAUGCACUUUGGCUGCGAGUGGUAGGUGUGUCCUAGUACAGUUGAGUAUGUCUUAGUGGUGGGGUGGGGGGGGGGCUGGGCAGAGCUAUAACACAGUCAUGUUGCUGAUGGAAAAACCUAUAAAUGAAAACACAUUUAUUGCAAUGGUUGUCAUCCUGUGCUUAGCUCAUCAACUCCUAUGCUGUGCUCCAUGCUAGCUGUCUAAGAAUGGAUUAAUGGAACUGUUGUCUCUCAAUUUAACAUUCUUUAUUUAAAGAGACACUCCACUGUCUAAAUACAAAAAUAUAUAUGUAUAAUUACUGUUUAAUACAGGGGAUCACAACCCAAGUAACCCUUACCAGUACAGAAUUUAGGGAUUACUUAGGGAUAAUCCCUAAAUCCUGGACUGUAUUUGAGGACUGUAUUGGUAACCACUGGUUAAGUAGAUACACUCCUGAAAUGUUAAGUAUGCAUUAAAGGACCACUAUAGUGCCAGGAAAACAUACUUGUUUUCCUGGCACUAUAGUGCCCUGAGGGUGCCCCCGCCCUCAGGGUCCCCCCUCCCGCCAGGCUCUAGGGGGGAGGAAGGGGUUAAACUUACCUCUUUAUCCAGCGCCGGGCGGGGAGCUCUCCUCCCAUUCAGCUGAAUUUGCAUGCGCGGCAAGAGCUGCGCACGCGCGGCAAGAGCUGCGCGCGGCAAGAGCUGCGCACGCGCGGCAAGAGCUGCGCACGCAUUCAGCCGGUCUCAUAGGAAAGCAUUUACAAUGCUUUCCUAUGGACGCUUGUGUGUUCUCACUGUGAUUUUUCACAGUGAGAAUCACGCAAGCGCCUCUAGCGGCUGUCAAUGAGACAGCCACUAGAGAAUUUUGAGGAUGGAUUAACCCAUUUAUAAACAUAGCAGUUUCUCUGAAACUGCUAUGUUUAUUAAAAAAAAAAAAAAAAGGGUUAACCCUAGAGGGACCUGGCACCCAGACCACUUCAUUAAGCUGAAGUGGUCUGGGUGCCAAGAGUGGUCCUUUAAAAGGGUCAUUAUAUGCACCAAAACAACUUCAGCUUAAUGAAGUUCAACUUCAGCUGUUUUGGUGUAUAGAUCAUGCAGUGCAGUCUCACUGCUCAAUUCACUGCCAUUUAGUAGUUAAUUCACUUUUGUUUAAACACCCCUAGAUCUCUUUAAUUUAGGUGUUAAAUCACGUUGUUUAUGCACCCAAGUCACACCUCCCUGCAUGUGACUCACACAGCCUUCAUAAACACUUCCUGUUAAGAGACAUCUGAUGUUUAAACUUCCUUUACUGUACAGUUUGUUUAGUUUAGAAUUUCUUGUCUCCUGCUCUGUUAAUAUCUUUGUAGACCCUGCAAGAACCUCAUGUGUGAAUAAAGUUUAAUUUACAGCGCAUGUCAUAAAAACUUCAAAAGUAAUUUUACAUCUGAUUAUGAAGAUUUUUCCUUUUUUUUUUUUUUUUUUUUCAUGCAGGCUGUGUGAAUCACAGGCAUUUGAGGUGUGACUAGGGCUGCAUAAACAGAAACAAAAUUAGUUUAACUCCUAAAUGGCAGUGAAUCGAGCACUGAUGUCAUAGUUCGUGUUCAUUUCGUAUGUUUUACUGCUCAUAUUUAUGUUCAGCAAUGUCUCACCGGUACUACAGUAUCCCCCUGUACAGGAUUUUUGGUGUUAUGUAAAGUUAGUGUCAAAUCUUCAUACCUGGAAAUUUUAUUUAUUUAUAAAAUAUUUCACCAGGAUGGAUACAUUGAGAUUUCUCUCGUUUUUACGUAUAUCCUGGAUCCACAAACCAUUGCAUUGAUACAACAGGGUGCAAUAUGUACAAAAUUUUACAUAAAUGUGACACAUAGAUUUUCUGGCCUAUGACCUGGGUGAUAACACUUCCACCAUUAUGACAUCAUUUUCAAAAGGUAAACCAGAGUAUUCCAAAUCACGUGUUUUGUCUAGUUCGUUUAUCACAAAUGCAGGCCCCAUUUAAAGGACCACUAUAGGCACCGAGACCACUUCAGCUUAAUGAAGUGGUCUGGGUGCCAGGUCCAGUUAGGUUUAACCCUUUUUUCCAUAAACAUAGCAGCUUCAGAGAAACUGCUAUGUUUAUAAUCGGGUUAAUCCAGCCUCUAGUGGCUGUCUCAUUGACAGCCGCUAGAGGCGCUUCCGCGCUUCUCACUGUGAUUUUUCACCGUGAGAAGACACCAGCGUCAUGCUUUCCUAUGGACUGGCUGAAUGCGCUCGCGGCUCCUGCCGCGCAUGCGUAUUCAGUCAAAGAGGAGACAGAGAGGAGAGCUCCCCGCCCAGCGCUGGAGAAAGAGGUAAGUUUAACCCCUUCCUCACCCUAGAGCCCGGCAGGAGGGGGACACUGAGGGUGGGGGCACCCUCAGGGCACUAUAGUGCCAGGAAAAAGAGUGUGUUUUCCUGACACUAUAGUGGUCCUUUAAUGGUUUACUUUUACUGUGUUUUUUCACAGGAUAUUUCAUAGUCCUAAUGUGCGUUAAUAUAACAAAGCCUCAAUAUAUUUACUUGACAUUAUCUUGCCAACAGAUCCCCCAUGUUUUCCAGGCUUUUUUUUUUUUUUUGAAAGUCACAGUCCCAAAUAUAUUAGAUGUCCUUUUCAACAUGUAAAUUUGACAGUGAUUUUCUGGUCCAAUGUCACAUUUGAGGCAGUGUUGUAGCCCAGUAAACAAACUUACCCCCAUGGUGGCAUAUCAUAUUUUUAAAAGUAGGCAAACCAGAUUCUGAAUGACAUAAUGGGUUGUUUGGUCUAGCAACUUUAUCACAAAUGCUGGCCUCAUUUAUUGGUCAUAUUUUUAUUUUUUAUUUUUUUCACAUACAUGAAUUACAUUUUCACAAGAAAAUUUGAUAAUCUUGAUAUGAAUUUGUGUAAUAAAGCCUCAGUAUAUUUGUUACUCGUGAAUAUAGGAGUAGUCCCACAUACUGUUUUUUUUUUGUUUGUUUGUUUGUAAGUCAUAGGGCCAAAAUAGAUCCCCUUUCAAACUUGUAAAUUUGACUUUUUUUUUUUUUUAUGGCAAGUUUAUGGCAAGUUUGGAUGUAACCAGUUUGCCUCUGGCACUGUGGGGCAUCCUAAGCUCCUUCUUGUAGAUGGUGAUGGGGCUCUGUGUCAAAAGCUGUAAUAGUGUCACUGUCUGGGAAGGUUUCCCUAUCUGAGCCUACCAGAAUGGCUUAUACCUCCUUCACCUUAUGAUAGCGUGCCAUAUUAGGGGGAUUAAUUUAAGCAAUGUCAGAAGGGGAUAAUUUAAUUUGCCUACCUGCCUAAUACUUACUAACACCCCCCAAUUCCCACUUCCACCCACUGAAAACACAACUCAAGAAUUACCUACUGAUUGCAGAUCAAUCUGCUGUGAUCAGCACUAAGAGCUACUGUACUCCGAUACUGUAUAGUGAUCAGAUAGCAGGGAAGGGGUAAAACAUAUAUAUUUUUUUUAAACUGCUGCAGCUGACAAAAAGGGUAACUUUUUUUUUUUUUUACUCUAAAUAAAAUAUGGCUGGCAGAUCCCCACACAGCCAUUGACCGCAUAAGUAUGCAGGUGCCCUGUGGCAUUUAAGCCCAUCUUUUAGGAUGAUGUAGCACGUCUGCAGUUCUUAACGGGUUAUGCUAAAGCUGUUUUGAUGCCUAUAGUGUUCCUUUUAAUAAUGCAUUUUUUUUAUUGGGGACAUAUCUACAAACUUCUUACAAAACCUGAAGAUCUCUUGUUUGCAGCCUUUGCAAGCCCUCCCCGUCUAACCCCUCCUGACUCUGUGGCUGUCCAAUCACAGGCUUCCCAAUGCAGCUCAAUGAGAAGUCUUUGCAAGGCAAGUGAUCUGAGCAUAUCCUUGUCUCUUGGAUUUAGCUCUGCUGAGCAAAACAGCCAUGAAGUAACAGGACCUGUUGUGUGCUUGGAAGCCAAGGGGUGUAACCAGGUUAAUUUUAAAAAGUGCCAAUUUCAGUUGUAUUCUGCAUUAUUUGCAAAAUGAAAAGUGCUUUAGGGGUCUGGAAUGUUUUUUUUGGUGGAGGUUUGAAGUUGUGUGAAGUGAUAUUAGUGUAUUAGAUAUUUUGCCAAAUUGAUACAUACCCACAAUUGUAAAGGGAAGACGCCUAAAGCGGAAAUUAUCACUUAGACACAUUAGAUUUGAGGUUUGUGCCCAAGAUCUUUCACAUUAAUGACACAAGUACCCCUAUACUUAUCACAUUUGUUCUUGGAGUACAGCUGAUCAAGUACCAUGCUAGCAGAGGUUAAUAUGGCUUGUAGUUAUUUUAGGUGUGGCAUAUUAUUAUAUUUUUUAUUAGGUUGUGGCUGAUUUCAGUUGUAGUCCAACAGGUGUAUCUGUUUUGGUUCUUUUAGAGGAGUUUGCCUGUUUAGUUCUUAAUUAGGUUGAGGUUAAUAUCCAUUGUGUUAAACUGGAUUUCCGUGCUACAGGUUACAGGGCUACGGCAUUUGCUGCCGUUAUAUAAAUAAUAAUUGUAUUGCUAAAAUCACUUUGUGUGCUAUGUACAUACAAAUUCCCAUGGAGAGAAGGGGAAUGUGCAAAUUGUGUUUUCAAUUGACAUUCCUGCAGAAGUUCAAAUUAGAAUUUGACGCUACCUGUAGGUGGCUUUUUAUUUAUUUUUAUUUUUAAUAUAUGUAUGUGUAAACUUACAUACAUGAUGUGAGGAUUUAGAAUAUUUUUUAUUAGGUGUGACUCGAGACAUCUGAGGAAACUGGCAUAUGAUUUUAACAGAUGCUAACAAGUGUAGCACAAGUUUAUAAAUGACCAUUUCGAAGGCCAGAUAAGUACUUAAAAAGGAUUAUAAAGCAAAUAUUGGCAACGUAUUCUCUUGCUUUAUUGCAAUCACAUUGGAUACAAUGAUGAACCGUAUAUGGUUGUUUUAAAAAGGUCCCCCCUCCCCUUUUUUUACCUCACUCCCACAAUGUGUGUAUGAAAUUAUGAAGCUAUUGUCAAAUGUACCUGAAACCAUAUUGCUUUUCUUGUAGAGGUUGGUCCAAGUAUAAAUUCUUAUACUUUCCUAACCACAUUGCAAACAAUAUAUAGUCUUACAAGCUUGGUUUGGACUCAUGACAUGACCUGUUCAAGCAGCUACAGCUGUGAUUUUAUUUAUUUUUAAUUUUUUUAAAAUCAUUUUGCCUUCUGUAUCUUACCGAUUUAUAAUCCACUCCCCUUGCCUUUCAUUUAUAUUAAUCUUUGUGCCGGAUCUCAAUAUCUAUCUGGGCACAGCCAUUUUAUUCUCCUCUGCCCAUGAUGUCUGCAUUUGCCUUCUACUGAUGUAUUGUGGGUAAGCUUGAUUGGCAUCUGAAACGGAACCUUGCUUAAGCUCCACCCAUUCUCAUGGUUCGUCAACUGGCCUGCUGUAUACAUAAGGAAAAGUAGUCUAUUUUUUUAAAUCUAUUUUAUGAAAACUAAAACACUUGAGAUUUGGGCACAGAAAGCUAUAUAAAAGCUGAUUAUAUUGGUUGGUUGUGCAGAAAUGGUUAAAUUAUAAAUAAAACUGUGGUAAAUGCCCCUUUCCCAUGUUUUAAUAUUUUAUUCAUACUUUAAAGGGUUAUUUACUGGAGUGAGAAUUGCAGGGCAUUCACAGUGCGUUUCAAAUUUAAGGUCAAAAUAGCUGAACUAGAAAAAUUCUGCCAGUCAGCUACGCUUUCAGCUCGUCUAUCCUAGUAAUGUUGUGUAUGCAUAAAAAGAGCUCAGUGCUAAACACAUGGAAACUCUGACAAGCCUUGGUCUCUAAGGGGUUAACUAUAAUUUGUAAAAAUAAAUUAUAUAUUCAUCACAGUUGAUUGCCUACCAUUUAUUCCACUAAUCUAGUUUUAAUAUAUAUAUAUAUAUAUAUAUAUUCUCUAUCAUAACUGUAACUUUGUUAAACCAUAUGAUCAGACUUGUAUGGUUUUUCUCUACGCUUGUAAACAUCUCUUAGGAAAAAAAAGCUUUUUUUCCUGGAACUCUGAAAGUACAUUUACUUUUGUGCUUGCUUGCUUGCUUGCCAAUGUCUGUUGCUGAGCCUCUGUGCAGGGGUAGUCCAAGUCUGCCAAAUGCAAUCUGUUACGCUUCGUUCUGUUCAGGCCAUUGUGGGUCAGGCAUUACACGCUUCACUUCCUGCUGCUUCUUCUACAGUAAUCUGGUCAUUGGCUGAUGGACGCGGUCACUUUAACAACUGACGCUGGACUCUGGAGCAACUCCUACACAAGAGAGCUCACUACGUGCUGUGCCGCUACUUUACAAUACAUAAGGAAGCCUAAUCUCUGGCCCAUCUAUCCCCAGUAAACUUUCACAACACUUCUUGGGGCUGAAUGGAGCACAGAGCUCUCCCAGAAACAUCAUGGAACUGUACACUGGACUGGGCAAAUGUCACGAUCGGAAGUGAAAGUUCAGGUGGGUAUUGCUUUGUACCAGGACCAACAAACUGAGCUCUAUUUGCAGGGAAGGUCAGGGAGGUGAAGAGGUGUCCAGCGACACUGAGGACUUGAAGUUAUUCCCUUCUACGGGGCUCUGAGAAGCCAUUAAUUGAGAUUGGAUUUGGUACCAAACAGUCUGGAACUUGCAUCAUAUAGAAGGAGAGGGUCAAGACCCGGCUGGACACAUCUGAUCUAAGCGGUUUGUGGACAGCUUGCACCUCUAAAACAGAUCUUCAGGGGAUAUAUAUCUCUUGGUGAUAACUUAUGGAGAAUGCACGGUUUUGGGGAUACUGUUGUAAGGACCCCUGGUGUCUGGUAGUUAUUUAAAUUUUCCUGCUUUUUUAUGUUUUCCCAGACACCAAGGGACCCUGGACAAUACCUGUGCAAAUUUGUGCGAGUUGUUGAAUAAAGUGUUGGUACCCAGAGACGUUGGCUCUGACCAAUAUUCAAGCUGAAACGGUGGCCAAUGCCCUGAUGCAAAUGUUCUCUCAAGUGGGGUUUCCAUGGGAGUUUCUCAGAUCAGUGCACCCAGCUUACUGCAGAGGUCAUGCACCUACUGUGGAUGCUCUUAAGGAUUAAACCCAUCCGGAUCUCACCCUAUCCUCCCCAAACCAACAGCCAGUGCGAGUGGCUUAAUGGGACUCCGAAGCAGAUGCUUCAGACGUUUCCUAUUGCUUGCACGACUGGGAAUGGUUCCUGCAUACCGGUCAGGGCCUCCUGGAAAACCCUCAGGUUCUCCAUGUAUAAACUGUUGUAUGGGAGGCAGGUGAGCGGACCCAGAGAUCUCAAUUGGGAGCACUUAAAGAGGAAGCAGAGUGGACACCCAUCGUCCCAUACAUGCUGGAGCCAAGGGACCGCCUGGAACAAUUGACGAGGGCUGUAGAGAAUAUUUUCAGGCCGCCCAAAGUAGUCCAUGAGUAUGGUCUGAUAGGGACGCUGCAGGGCGCUUGGCAGGGUUCCUACAAGUUUGUUGAACAAGUCUGUGACACUACCUAUGUGACCGCGAGCUGCUCUGAUGAGACAGUGAAUCGCCCAUUCCAUAUCAAAAUAUAUAUAUAAAAAAAACAGGUCCAACAGCUGUUAGAGGCUAAAAGGCAUACUUUUUCCAGUGAACCUGAUACACUACCCUAGCCAUUUAUAAAGUGGAAAACUCAGGACAGGCCCCUUACUGAAUCUCUUUGGCAAUCUGAGAAGGGAAAUGGAAAGGAAAUACAAGAAAUGCUCAGUUUAGGGGCUAUUGAUGCCUCAACACCUGGGCUUCACCGGUAGUGCUGUGCCGAAGCAGGGUGGGACCACCCGCUUCUGCGUCGACUAUUAGCAAGCUAAAUUUAAAAAAACAACAAACUGACUGAUGCCUAUCCAAUGCCCUGGGUAGAUGAACUACUGAAUCGUAUUACCAGUGGUGCUUGGAGUAACAUUUUAAAGUAUCAGACUAUCAUUUUCUUCAAACGGUCAGCAUAUCAGCAUCAUGCAUCAAUUUAUUUAGGGUAACAUAAAUGUGCUGCUAAAACUCCAUUCUCUCCCCUCUUUGUAAAUCAUGCCUUCUAACUUUGGAAAAAUGUGACCCAAGAUGUGGACAUUGCAUGCCUCGUGUCAGCAGGUUUAGUAUGUGUGACAGUGCUGACACUUUCUAAACUCCAGAAGGUAGCGUGCUGACCUAGGCAUGUUCCGUGAUUCAUUUACACAUUAAUUCUUUUGUGACUUUCAGGAAAGUAUCCACAUGCAGCAGGCAAUGUGUCCCACACCAAGAGUUUCCUGCCAGAUCAUUGACUGUUGUUGGGAUAUGAACGAGUCACUGGGAAUUGUAGCCUGUAACUACUUGGAAUCCCCAGUGGAUCGUACUGCUUGUACUUUUUGGUCAUUUUUUGGAAGGUUUUCAGGAUGUCAAGUUGGGCUGCAUGUUUAUAAUAACUGAAUACAUGAUCCUGUAUUAUAAGUGGGAGUUCUUACUAGUGUCCUUUUCUGGGGAUACAGGGCUCUCUAAUGCAUUUACGUAGAACACAGAAGUGUACUAAUAUUGCUGGCGCAUGUAUUAAGAAUUUCUGAAUGGCGUUGAGUUUGUUUGCAGUUCUUUCACUAUACCACUGUCUAAUCCUCCCUCAUGGCAGCUCCAUUUUACCACCAUUGUCUACCAUCUCUGUCUAUCCCUCUCUGCUCGUCUCACUCGGUAUCCACUGUCAGGGAUGUUAUUGGCCUAGAGCAACAGGGUAGAGUUUUUUUGUUGUUGUUUUUGGCUCACUGAUUGGGAGCAGGAGCGUAGUGAUAUGACACCAUCUGCCUGUUAACCGUACUGCUUGCAUGGGGAGGGGGAGUGUGCGGGGGGGUGCAGAUUCUAGUCUCCCAAAACUAGAGAACAGGGUAGGGGCUGCCAUAACGCUGGCCUUCUCAUGUGCAGCGCAGUUUAUAAAAAGGUGUGAAAUGUGACAGACUGUUGGUGGAUGUAUGUAUGUGUGAAUCUAUGUAUGUCACUGUGGGUUUUUGUGUGUGUGUCGUAAUGUCUAACCUGGCUUUGAGCAGCCAAAAACCUCAGUACGUAACUGUCCACUCUACUGUUUUUACUAAUUCUUCUUUUAUACUAACUGCAACUAUUCUCUAAAGUUCAACAGCUAAUACCAUUCUCCGCUAUUCCACAACUCACACAAGUCUGUUCUUUGACCAUUGCUUACCUCUCCUUACCAUUAACACCCUCACCCCCUACACAGUCCUGUAAAAUGAACAUAAACUCACCUGGAAGUCAGUUUCCACCCCUGCUGUGACUUCACUGCUGCCUCAUUAGGUAUAUUUAAAGGCUUCCCAAAGAAUAUUAUUUGGACUGUUCUCUCAGGAGCAAAGGAGGGAGUUGGGAGGGACUGGAUAAAGAAAUAAAAUGUAUAGGGAGGGGGGAGAGCAGUGCGUGUAACCACAGGUAUAAUUUAUGCACAGAUUUGAUAUUUGCAACUACUCCCCGGCACAAAAGUGGAUAUAUCUCUGUAUGUGUAGUUUCAAACAGAAAAGGUGCACAAACAGGUUCCUACCGCUAAAAGCAGAAGUGUUCCUGGUGGUUGGUGUAACCCUUUAAGAAACACUCCAACUUAGAUCAUUAUAAGAGUUAUAGUUUACAAAUACAUAAAAUAGUACAAUAUCUGUAAAUAUGUAUUCGUCUUCUGUGGUUUAGCAAACCCUCCUGUGUGUUGUGUGUUGCUGUAGGGACAUUAUAUGUGUAGAUGCAUAGGAUAGCAGCCAUGAAUUUGUAGCAGUAUAUUGAAGUUCAGCUUUUUUUAAAAUAACUCUUACCAGCCUGGUUAAAACGCAAAGUCAAUUGUAAAAUUGUUAUUGUGAUCUGUACAUUGUAUAGAAUAGACUGUUUCCUCUAGAGGGCACAUGUGUAAUGUCUUUAUAUUCCUCAAUGGCCAUAAUGUUAGGCAUACAAAACCACAUACAAAUUGCUUGAGAUUACAAAAUGUGUUUUUUAUUUAUUUUUGGCAUUUCUGUAGCACCAACCUAUUAUGCAGUGCUUGCAGUUAUACAGUGGAGAUGUAUAACCGCAAGUGAUCAACAGACAAAAUACAAGAGUUAGAGGGUAAUUCCUGCUAAAUUGAACUUCCUAUCUAGAAGUAAAUGGCGUGAAUAAAAACAAGAGGAAUAACAACGAAUUACAAGGGGGACAGGUUGUCCGGAAUGGUACCUAUGUAAAAGCUAUGUGUGGAGGUUUUCCCUUCACUGUCUGGAAGGAACAAUUCCUACCUUUUUAAAGGUAGAGAUUGAAUGAUGUAGAGAGAUUAAUGUUUUUGUAAUUAUUUUCUUUUUGAUAUAGGCUCGGCAGAUGAAAUAAAGCAAUUUAAAUCUGAUCACAGCAUAAAGUUUCUUCUGGAGAAUCGGAUGAAUGUUCUAGAAGUGCAAAGAAAAGGGUACAUCUCCCCUACAUACCCAAUGGGUAAGCAGCUUCGCUUGCAUGUUAUGUUGCCAUUAAAGAGUAGAAUAUUUAAUAUUUUUAAAUGGGGUAGAAUUUGGUGGUUUUUACUUCCACCUGUGUAUUUGCUAACCCUGGCUCUACAGGAGUUUAUAAACUAAAAUAGCUUGAGAAUUGUUAAAGGAGUCAUGGAACGUGUAGUCAACAAACCCCCUAGUGCGAAGGUUGGCCCUUAUUAAACUACCUGCAAUUCAUCGAUUUGUUUGGUGGUAAACAAAGCUUAAAGCGCUAGUCAAUGUCAAUUUCAGUAAACCAUUAACCAUAAUCUCUUAGGAGCUGAAAUGGGGAAAUGGGUUUUUUUUGUUUUUGUUUUUUUGUUGUUUUUUUUAGAGAUAAGAUCCCUUCAUGCUUGCAAAUAUUAAUUUUAUAGGCACUGUGUCAGUGUGUAUUUAUUAUAAUAAAAAAAAAUUAAACUGCUAAAAUUGCCUUUUAAUCCCUUCGUGAUAACUGUUGUACAGGAUACUCCAUUGCCACUUAUGCACUUUGUGAUGAAUUUGUCACCAAGUCUGGCACACUCUGGGUGCCAACACAACUUAUGACUACUGUCACCUCAAAAUUAUUUUUAAUAAAAUAAUCUUUUCAUCAAAUUUUGAAAGAAAAUAUUUUUUAAUCUCCAUAUGAAGUAUGUGUCAAGAAAAUUGUGAAAACCCCAUCACUAACUUUAGUAUAUGACAGGCUCAUUUAGCCAUAUACUUGCACCUUUAGUUGAACAGUGUUUUGAAAUCUGUAUCUAUAGACUUCCCUGAUCGCUGUUCAUGAAGUGAAGCAGGGAAAACCAAAGAGACUCUGUUUUCAAACACACGCUGUCCCAAGGUGCAUGCAUAUGGCUGAAGGUUACUGUCCUAUCCUAAAGGUAGUGAUAAGCUUUUCUCAGAUUUAAAAAAAUAAAAUAAAAAAAAUUCUUAAAAUAAAGUAAAUGUAGAAAAAAACAACAAAAUCUUAUGGAAAAAAAAAAUAGUUUGGAGUUGACAGUUGUCCUUUAAAGGGACACUAUUGGCACCCAGGCAUCCCUUACUGCACGUUUGGCCCCCCAUUAAAGGAGGCGGAAUGCAGAUCUAGUGCCGAGGCAGAUAUGAGCUAGAAGUGGUUUGAUGGAGACCAGAGGGCACUAUAUAGUGUUAGGAAUAUGACUUUGUAUUCCUAACACUAUAGAUUUCCUUUAAUUCAUUUGAUAUGUUUUUAUCUCCUGUUCAUACUGCAUCCCUUUUCUUCCCCCAUCUACCCCCUCUCCUCCCCCAAUAAAAAGAGCAACUUUCUACAGCAAAGCACUACCCAUUAGCCACACUCUUUUCUACAAAGCAACUUUCUUAUUAGUACGUACUAUGCUCAGCACGACUGUUACUGUGUCGAAAGCCAAUCGCUGUUUUGUUUUUUUUAUUAUUAUUUUUGUAAAAAAAAUUUAAAAUCACCUCUCCUCCUUAGCAUUGCUAAGAUCAUGCAGAGCGUGAGGAUGUCCCGCGUCAAGUGACCAAAAGUUGCCUAGCAAGAAGGAAGUGCCUCAAGUGGCUGUCUUAGUCCUGCAAUGUAAUUAUUGCAAUUUCUCUGGAACUGCAAUUUUUUACAUCGCAUGACUAAGGGGUCUGGGACAAUGCACCCAGACCACUUCAAUGCGCUGAAGUAGUCUGGGUGCCUAUAGUAUCCCUUUAAACGUGCAGUGUUAUGUUACAGAAAGCUGCAAAUCUUUAUCUUUUAAAGAAAUACUACAUGUAUUCCUGACUCUAUAGUAUGAAAAACACAAUCUGGCUCCAUCUUGGGCCACCUCUGUCUUCCCUAAAUAUAGCAUAAUCUUACCUUUACUCCAGUCUGCUGCUGCUGGGUCUGCACUUGAUCUGCCUGCUUGGCUAACAUCAGAAGUGUUGCUUAAUACUAAUCACAGUGCUUUCACAUAAGAAAGCAUCGAUUGGCUAAGACUGACAAGAAGACAGAUCAGGGGCAUAGCCAGCACUGGCCAAUCAACAUAUCCUCACUGCGAUGCAUUGAAUCAGUGCAUCUCCAUGAGGAAAGGUCGGUGUCUCCAUGCAGAGGGUAGAGACACUGAAUGGCACACUGCAGCACUGCCCCAGGAAGCACCUCUAGAAGCCAUCUCUGAAAGUGUUUACUGCAAAAAGCUGGAAGGCAAUGAUUAUACUCACCAGAGCAAAUACAAUAGGCUGCAUUUCUGGUGACUAGAGUGUCCCUUUAAACAAAAGUAAAAAGAUUUAAACCUGCAAUAUGGAUACAUAGAAGUUUAUUCAUUAAACGAACACUAUAGGUUCAGGAUCACAAACAUGUAUUCCUGACCCUAUAGUGCUAAACCCACCAUUUAGGUGGCUUGCCCCUUCCCCUUAACCCUCUUGGAAAAGGUGAAAACUCAUCUUAUUUUCAGCGCCACGUGGGUCUGCUGUCACUGGCCCCGCCCCCUUGGUAACCUCAUCAGAAUUGCAGAUUUUUAGCCAUUCCAAUGGGGAAAGCAUUGGAUUGGCUAGAAUCGGCAUGGGGGCAGGGCCCAAAAACUUUUUUUGGAUCAUUGCAUCUCUAUGAGGAAAAUUCUGCAUCCCAAUGCAGUGCGUGGAGACGCUGAACUGCAGUGUUGCCUACUGUGCAGCACUGCCCCAGGAAGCACCUCCAGUGGCCACUUGGAGGUGUCCCUAAGGGCAAUGUAAACACUGAGAUUCUCAGGAAAAGGCAGUGUUUGCAUUAAAAUGCCUGAAGGAAAUGAUUAGUCACCAGAGCUACAGAACUAUAGUUCUGGGGAGUACAAAGUGUCCCUUUAAAUGGAGUAUUGACAAGAAUUUAAAAUGAAUUCUAAAAUUUAGGGCAAAAUAGUUUUUUUUUUGUGUAAGACUCUGUUCAGUUUGGUUACUUUGGCCUUACAUUUAAAAUUCACUUUAAAUUCCUGUCAAUUCUCACCCAAUAACCCUCAUGAAUAUGAAUAAUGCCAAAUCCUAUCAAAUACAUUUUGGUUGUGUUGCCACUGUUCCUUUAAGUAGUAUAUUACUUUGUUUUUUCUUGCUGCAACAGUUGCUUGGUAACCAUUUAAUUUUCCGGUGCCCUUUUAGAAGGCUCUGAGGGCGUGAAUGCUCUGUAAUACUGACUGAGGAUAUGAUUAAAAAAAAUAAUAAUCUAAACCAAGCUCACGGAUCAACUUGAAGCGCAGGGAGGGAGAUACAAGACUAGGGCAGGCAUUAAGACAGACGUACACUUGGAGGGGGACGAGGCUAUGGGGUUAUAGAUCUCGGUAGGGAAGGGUGGGAGGCCCACACCAGGGAAGGUAUUGGGCACGUGGGCAGGAGGUCGAUGGUGCCAUCAUGGGGUCAGGGCUCUGUAGGGGGGUACGAAGCUAAAUCGAAUACCCAGGCAUUAGAUGCCCGAAUUGCUCUAUAGGGGCAUCCAGCAAUACGGGGGUGGGGGGGAGUUGUUGGGCCGGAGGCCAUUCUGAUGUUCAAAUAUAUAUUCUGCACACUGGAACACCGGGUGCGCAGUAGAGGGGGGCUAACGGGGUUAGGGAACAGGAGCGGGCGCAACAAUUAGCCCAUGGGAAUGUAGCAGUAGGCACAUGCGGUGGAUAGGUAUCACAGCUUUACGACGCCAAAGGGAUAGCUGCGAUCACCAUGUCCUACUCUCUACUCGCCUCACGUGACCCCCGAAGGGGUACUGAGAGGCUGGUCAUCCUUGGGGCUCGGGGGGGUGUUUACGGUUAUGGUUUUCGAUGUGUUUUUGCUUAGAUGCUACCAUUUCGCUGUAUUGUCUCGAUAACAAUGACUCGAUAGGCCCGAUGUUAUAGGCCUUUAUCUAAGUCUGUAAUUGUAUUAUAUACGUGGAAAAAACGAUACGAUAAAAUAAUAAAUAAAGAUUGUCAAAAAUAAAUAAAUAAAUAAAUAAUCCUGCACAUUUACUGAGAUUGAUUGGUUUCUACCAUGAACCUAAUCGUCUUGUUUCUUUACUUUUUUUUUUUUUUUUCAGCCAAUAUAUCUUUUCUUAUGGCUCAGUAUCAAAGUACCCUGUGCUCUGACCAGCAAUGCCUGCAUGGAGGCUGAAUCUGUGUAGCCGUCAUUAGUAUAGGCGGUAUUUUAAGAAAAACCAUUCCAAUAUACAAAAAAAACUUGGUAGAAAGAAGAGCUUUAGAAAAGAUUACUUUCUGUAAAUGGCAAGUAAUGUUUGGGGAUAUUUAUAAGGCCUGCACAUGUUCCAUUACCCACAAUACUCUCACAGGAGAGAGAGAGCAGACAAAUCUCGAGCAUGUAGUAAAAUCAAACAGGAGGUAUAACUGGGAGGGGAAGGGGUGGAUUAGUCCAUUAUUUUCCUACCAGACUAUGUACAGUAUUGUUUCUGUAGCCUCUUAAUGAGGCUUGCACAUAGAACAGUUAAUCUAGCAACUGAACUUUGGACCUUGUUUUUAUUUUAUAGCAUGCUUGCUGUGCUGCCAACAAAUUGCAGGCAGAACAGCUUAAGAUUGUUCGUAGAUAUUUUUCCUGCCUGUACAAAUAGUCACAAGGUUUUUUAGCUCUGCUGCUGUAAUGUAAUUUUUUUUUUGUUCUUUCCCUGGAUCACUGGAUGCAUUAUUUUAUGGAAUUGAAUAAUAAAAAGGGAUAGAAUACAUGUACAUAUAAUGUUAGAGGCAACAUGAUGAUGCCCAGUGCCAAUUUUUGUCUCCUCACUCAGACCAUAACUCUACUGAUGAUCUCGGAGCUCUGAACCACUGCAUUCUCCCCAUAGUCCUUGAAUACAUAGGUAUAUUUUUAGGAGUCAGGAAUGUGGUGUAUUGAACAAAUACAUUUUAUAUGUUGCAUGCCCACACUUCGCAUAUCUUUUGUGAUUUAAGAACCUUAGUUGGUAGAUCUGUGCUCUGUUAGAAACUACUCUAAACCGGAGGUCUGUAUAGAUUCAGCAGUAAUAUUAGGCGGUGUGGCAAUCUUGUCAACCCCAUGCAGUUUAAGUACAUUUUCUUCACUUGGUUAUAAUUUCUUGUUAAAACGUAUCUGAACAAACUUAACAGUUUUUACAUUUUUUUUUUUUUUUUUUUCAGGUCUCCAAGUGUCCAUUCUGGAGUUAGGUGGAGGGAUCAUGUUGUAACUGAAGAAUUUCAGACAUUGCAGAGAAGUGAGAAUUCUUGAGUUUAACCACAUGAAAUAGUUUUAUUUUUCCAAAAAAACAUUACACUGACAGAACUGUAGCCAUGGCCAGCAAAAGAAAGUCUACUACUCCUUGCAUGAUACCACUUAAGACUCUAACUCUAGAGGGGGGUACAGACUCUACUGCCAAAGACCAAGCUCCAGAUCAGCUUGUAACAGAUUUAAUGAACUGUAAUGAUUUACUUUCUAAUGGGCAUCAAAAUGUAAAUGGGGAUAGUUUCUUUUGUAAAUACUGCAAUUUCGGAUCUCAAGAGACAAAUAAGUUUGUUGAACACAUGAAUACCAAGCAUUUGGACUUCAGAGAAGAUCCAUCUUACGUCUGUAUUACAUGUAGCUUUUUGGUAAAAGACCCCAAAGAACUUGAAGCUCACAAUGCCGAGUGCCACGCAGGAGAUGCAGGACUGACUUGGAGUGUGGCCAAACAUGUAAGGUACACUGUCGUUGAGCAAAGUGUGGGGGAUCAAAACCAUGACCAGGAGAUGACAGAGCAACGUACUAAUCAGUGCGUAAAUGAGUAUUCCGAAACUACCAUCACUAAAGCCCCUAUAAUGAAAAUCAUGAAAAACAAGGCUGAAACAAAAAAAAUUGUAACGAUAAAAGAUAACCUCAAUCCAGCACCUGAUAAGGUGGAGAAAAAAAGCUACGCUGCUUCUAGAAACGGAUCUGCAGCAGCAACUAAGGCCUCUACAAACCUGGUUAAUUCCUCUUCAGUUGUAAAUGGUUCCAUUUUAGGAACUGUCUUGCCAACUGGGGUGACUCAAUUUGUAUCAAUAAAUACUUCACAGCCAGUGAUUCAGCCAAAGAUUCCAACCAUAAUAGCACCUGUGUUGGCUAAACCUUCUGCUAUGCAGAAAAAUCAACACUCUGUGCAGAGCUCCCAGCUUCCCAGUUCAAAAUCUCUCCCUAAAGUAAUGAUUCCUCUUAGCAGCAUUCCGACGUACAAUAUAUCCAUGGAUUCAAACUGUUUCUUGAAAAACUCUUUCACCAAGUUCCCCUAUCCUACAAAAGCAGAACUUUGCUAUUUAACAGUGGUAACAAAAUACCCAGAAGAGCAAAUAAAAAUCUGGUUUACUGCACAAAGACUGAAACAAGGUAUUAGCUGGUCACCUGAAGAAAUCGAGGACUCCAGGAAAAAAAUGUUCAACACUGUUAUUCAGUCCAUCCCACAACCCAUGCAUCAGCCAACAAUAACUGUUCUGAAUGCUCCGCUCGUAACCAAUGCCAGUAAUGUCCAGCAUCUUCUUCAGGCAGCUCUGCCUGGUCAGAUAGUUGGUCAGCCACAAGGAGCAAGUGGUUUGCUUGUAACUCAACCUAUCAUUACAAAUGGAAUUCAAAGAACUCCUGUGUCAUUGACCGUAACAUCUCUUCCAACCUCUCUCACCACCACCCAAGCCAGAGUUGCAUCACCAGCUAGCAAGGCUGUCAGUGCCUCUCAACCUGCAACUGCAACAUCUCCUUCUACCAGUAUGGCUUCUGAAAGCUUUUUCGACUCCAAUUUGUCCAGGAGCAAAAAGUCUAGACAGCAACUUAGUGCUCUCAAGAACAGCUUUUGUAGAAAUCAAUUCCCAACACAAACUGAGGUUACAAGGUUGACCAGACUUACAGGACUCACUACAAGGGAUGUUAGGAAAUGGUUUAGUGAUAAGAGGUAUCAUUGGCGUAACAAGGCAGCCACAGGGGAAAACAGUGAUCGUAUGGUUGACAGCCCAUCUGAUGCAAUGUUUUCUAUGAUAAAAGAACCAGAUAUGGAUUAUGCAUUGCCUUUAACUGGUCACACUCCGUCACACACAUCAAGGAGACAGUCACAAUGGAAUCAGACACCAGACUUUACUCCCACCAAAUACAAAGAAAGAGCUCCUGAACAGCUCAGAGCUCUGGAAAGCAGCUUCUUUCUAAACAACUUUCCUUCAGAUGAAGAAGUUAAUCGUUUAAGGAGUGAGACCAAAAUGACCAGACGUGAAAUAGACAGCUGGUUCUCUGAGAAACGCAAGAAACUAGCUGAAGAGAAUAAGAAGGUUAAGGAGGAGGAGGAGGAAGAAGAAGAAUUAGAAGAGGAGGAGGAAGAGAUAGAAGAGGUUGAAGGUGAGCACUCUACAGAUGUAAGUGCAUCUGUCUGCCAGAAGACCUCAGCAGCUGAAAAUAGCUCCCCAGUGUCCAAUGAGAGAAAAGUAAACCCAAUCAAAAUUAACCUCAAGGAUCUCCGUGUCACAGAGUCCAGUGACAACAUGGAGAACCCAAACAUUGAUGAGAGCAGUAUGUCCACUGAUGGGAGCAGUAGAUCAUCCACUCCUGUGAAAAAUAAACAUGCUAAAAAAACUGCAAAUCAACGAGACCUUUUGAAGCAGACAUUUGUUAGGACACAAUGGCCUACAAAUAAGGAAUACGAUGAGCUAGCAGAAGAAACAAGAUUGCCGCGUGCCGACCUUGUGCGUUGGUUUGGGGACUCUAGGUAUUCUUUAAAAAACGGUCAGUUAAGGUGGUAUGAACGCUAUAAAGGUGGGGUGGAUACACAAACUGUCUCUUGCCACCCACUCAUGGAAUAUUUUGAGCAGCACCGCAGACUUUGUGAUGAUGACAUUAAGGAUCUCUGUGACAAAACAGAGAUGACUACAGAGGAAGUGAUAGCCUGGUUUGCCGAUAGACGGGAGGAAAGCAAAGAUGCAGAUGUAGCCAGUGCUGACCAUCUUUCUGAUUGUCUGGACAAGUCAGUCACACAAGUAGAAACUUGUGAUAGGGUUUUGGAGGCGCAUGAGAGCAGUGAACAUCUGGAGUCAGGCAUUGAUGAAAUCUGUUCUAAUUUCACUCAGACAGUCCAGCAUCCAGUCUGGUAAGAUAUACCUUUUUUGGUGUGUGUUCACUUACACAAAGACCUCAAACUACAAAAAUAAUGUAAACCUUUCUUUUCUAUGUUUUUUUUAAUUUUCAAUACAUAGAAGCAAAACGCUAGUAUAAUAAAACUGAAAAACCCAAAGUACGAACUGUAGAACAUAGUUGGUAGAAUUUUUAAAUAGAUAAAAGAUUUUUGAAUAGGAAGGAUGAGCCAGAGCUAUACUAAGGUACAGUCAUUUAAAAUUUAUCGUAACCAUAAUAAAGGUCUCUUAACGGGCAAGGUCGCAUCCUCCUAUAAAAAAACAGGAGGCUUGCGUAGUCCAUUAUUAUUGGACUAUCAUCAUAUAUAAAGCAUGUUCAAUAAAAUGGUUUGCUACUUAUUUGACCUGUUAUUGAGCAGUCAAAAUGUGUCCUUUUAAUUAUAAACCUAAAACCUUAAACCAAGAAACAAAGUCUGGCCAUCAAGGUAUUUAGAGAGAGAGAGGUUUAAAAAAUAAAAUAAAAAUGGGAGCCCAGGAAGAGAAUAUGAUAAAGGGUGACUGGGAUGAAGAGAGAGGAUUGCUAAGCAAAGUUAAAUGAAAAAUGGUGAAUAAGAUGUGUUGAGUGAUUUGUAUGGUUAGUAACUCCAUCUCAUCGGGGUCCUCUAACUUAUUUUUUUAUUUUAUUUUUUCUUCUUCCAGAGCUUAUGGUGAGAACCCCCACCCAAAGAAAAAAUGGUUUUGCAGAAUUUACUUUUGAAUAACAUUUUGAUAACAUUUUUGCCAUGUAGCUCUGGUAACACCCACCAGGUGAUAAUGUACUUUUCCGUGCCUCCACCUUGCUUCCACCAGCUGCUAAAUGGGAGAUGGCCCCUUUUUAUGUAGUUGUACCAUCAAAAAAGCUUUAACAUAUUUUCUUUAUGCUUGAGACAGAUGGACAUAGAUAUCACAUCACACAUGUCCUGCCAGUCAGUGAAAUCUGUAGGGGGUCUAAAGUCCCUCUCCUGGGCUGUUAUCUAUACUAAAGAGUUUGAUUGGUUCCAAUUAUUGGCGUUGCAUAAUGAGGAUAUCUGCCCACAUUGAAAUGGUGUGGUUAUUCAUCCUUUUUUUUUUAUUUAUUUUUUUUUAAAUGUAUGUUUACCCUGCCUGAGUAAUUACCAGAGAAAUUGUAAAGCUUCUCAGAAAGUCUUAGCAUGUCAAGGAGGUCAGGGAAUUGUUCUGAAGAAUAUCAGUAGAUGUAAGAAAAUCCCUGUUUCUAAACUACUGAGAGCAGUAAAGUGUGUCAGGAAAAAUGCUUUGUUUCACAGGAGUUGGUAAAGAGUGAGCAAGUGAUACUGAAUUUGGACUCAAAGGGGUUCAUGAGGCAAAGCUGUAUGAUGUGAUAGGAUGAAAUAGGCUGUAUGUGUUCCUUUUCAGGACCUUGCCAUUUGCCAGAGACUUUAUAUGUCUAUCCUGUUGAGGCUGAAGUCAAAAUGACAAAACAUUGGAAACUAAAAUAAGACCUUAAAGAGAUACUAUUGUCACCCAGACCGUUUCAUCUCAGUGAAGUGAUCUAGGUGCAGUUUCCAUGUCUUUAAAAACAAACAAAAAAAAACUGCAGUGUAUUACAUUGCAGGGUUAAAAGGAAAUUGCAGUGUUUGAAGUCAGGCUUAUGUCCACCUCUAAUAGCUGUAGUAUGACAGUCACUAGAGAAGCUUUAGCUGCACUGACAGAAUAAAACUGUCACGUGAUGCGGAAGCCACCAUAGGCGAAAGUUUGAAUGCACGUGAAGCGCUUGCCACGCAUGUUCAUUAGGUUACCAAUGCUCUUCUAUUAGGAGCUUUAGAUUUGCCCCCGGCAGUGGAGGCCAUGCCUCAUCCCUGAUGUUGCAUAAGGCAGAGAGGUAGCAGUGACCAAGCAACACCAUGGACAACCUGCAUACACGCACACACCACCACAAGCAACCUCACAUACAAACGGCACCAAACACACAAUGUUACAUAUCUUUCACAUAUAAUUCCACAAGAUAGCCCACAUACCCAACCCACAUUCAUAGGUAUCAUACACAAUAUUACAAACUAUUCAUGAACCUAUACAAUAUAACAGCCCACAUACACAUAAAUACGUUACAAAGCAACUGCAGCACACGUAAAUAACACAAGCAUAAUACAACGCCAUACAUGCCUCCAUUUAAUUUGAUUUUGAUCAUUUUUUGUUAUAGUGCUCGGAGUAAAAACCAUAGAAAAAAAGGUUACCUGCGCUCUCUCGUCUUAAUCCUUAUGUAUUUUUAAACAAAUGGAGGUCAUUUAGUUACUCCAAUGGCCACUGGAGGGAAUGCCUGCCUGCCAAUGUCAAGGCAGACCCCCCUAAGCGGGUCCUACUCUGACCCUUCACCUUGCUUCCUUGAGCUUCUGGCAAAGAUAUCUCUAAUGAGACAGUGGUAUUUUUUUUAUAUACACCCCUAUAUAUUUAUUAACCCUUAAUAGGGAACACAUAGGCAGCAGCAUUGUAACCUAGCUGUUUGAUACAAAAAGUAAAUACAAAAAAGAAAAGUCUAGAGGGGGUCUGCCUUGACGAUGGUAGGUGGGCAUUCCCUCCAGUGGCCAUUGGAGUAACUAAAUGACCUCCAUUUGUUUAAAUAUACAUAGGGAUUAAGGAGAGAGCGCAUGUAACUUUUUUUUCCUUUGGUUUUUACUAAAUGUAUUGGAGCUGAUGUGUACUGUGGUCAUUGCUGCCGGCCAGGAGUGAUGGGAGUGAGCGCAGGACUUUUCUUUUUGUAUACUGCUUGGAGUGUUGUGCAAUUUAAUGGGGAUUUUUUUUGAAUAUUUUUAUCCUGAGUGAAUGUAAUGUCCGGUGUUUGAAAGAUGCACAGAGUGUACACCAAAAACCCACAAGUUUACAUUAACAUGUUCCCACUGCCAUCCCCACUUUCUUGCACUAUGGAAAUCAUUAGAAAACAUUUAGAAAAAGUACUUGAAAGUAUGACAUUUAAAAAAAAAAAUGUGAGAAUAGUCUUGGGAUAUACUGCUGCAGAUGUACUUUUAGAUUCUUCCGUCCCUCUUUGGUUUCAGUAGUUUUGUUUGCGAAGGCAGCUAGCUUGGUUCAUUUUUAUUCACAAGUAGGUCAUUGCAGCUGUGUAUGAAAGCGGCUUUAGUAAAAUACAUUUUCUCCCUGGUACCACAAGGCCGCUACUUCUUGUGGACGAAGUUAUUAUGCAAACUCUCAAUUAUCUUUUUAAAGGGUUUUUUUCGACCAUAAAAAGAAACUGUUCUCUGUACACUGUCACUUUUUUCUUUUUUUUUUUUAGUUUGUGGUUUUAUUUGGUUUUUUUGGUAACACCAUGUAAUUACUAAAUAUUUAAGCUCCCCUGUGCAGAGUUCCUUCAAUUUCUGUACACCCAUCCUGACCUGUAUCUACCCCAAGGCAAACAUUGCUAAUAAGAGCCAAAAGUAGUGUUUAUUAAAGUGUAUUAUAUGAAACAAUACAAAUCCAUUUAACUUUUUUUUUCCAUUCAAGUCCUUUGAUUGGAGGUUGUAUGUACAGGAUUUAAUACCCCCCUUUCUGCAGGACUUUCAUAAUGCACCAAUACAGCUCAUUAGCCUUUCCCCAGUUAAGCUGCAAUCCUGCUGCUAGUGGGAUUACUUUCAACACCGGCCAUCAUUACUGGUUGGGUCUGGGCGUUUUGAGUGAAUCAUCAGCUGGUAGGUAGUUAGUGUUGCUCUUUAAGUUGAAGUGCAGUUGUUCUCACAGAAGGAUUGCAAGAACUAACAAAGACUCAGAAUUUCAAGGUGUCAUAUGCGGCUUGCCGGGCUUUAAAUGUACUUACCACUUCUGCAACAUGCCAGUAAUUUGCUUUCAGAGUAUAAUUAUAUAAUACAUUGUUUAAAAGCUAAUUGCAGUGAAAUUAGGGGAAACACAUACUUUAAUUUGUAUCGUGAUUCAUACUUGCCUUUUUACAUUUCUCUUCCUAUUUAGGAAGAGAGGGGAACUUGAUCUCUCGAUACAAAAAGUCUGCCAGCCUGUCUGGGAGGCACCUAGUGUGUUCCUUAAAGACUUUGAAGUACUCAGUGUUGCAGUGCCUAGUAGCUGACUUCUAUGCUCACUGAAGAGGUUUUAACUGCUGGUUCCCUGCUGUCAUUUAACCUUUGCAAAGGGAAAGCCCCCUCGGAGUAGAAAAAUAUUUCCCACCAGCCACGGUCUCCCUUCUGGGUAGAUUUGAAAACAGGAAGUAGUUGCAGCAGGGCUCUUACUGUACUAUGCUACUCUUUGUAUACACUGCAGAACAUCCUUACAGACAAUGGAAGAGUUGCAUACACAUUUGUAGGACUAAAAUGAUUUGACUCAAUGACUACUAGGUAUAUAUUGAGUCUUUAACAAGCAGCACAGUCAUGCUCUCUUCAUAUGCCUUCACUCUUUUUCAGUCUUUCAUUAAGCUUGAUGUCGCGCAUAGAAAUUGCGAGAGAUUUUGCUGGAAUAAUAGCUUGGUUUUAUUAAAAUUGUCUACUCUUUUGCCAGUAAAAGGGAUUAACCAUUUCUUUUUCUUUACUUUUGUAGAAAUGGAUUGAACGAUCACCCGUUGGGAUGCAUUUGGCAAUAAACCACGUAGUUGGGCCCCAAGUUAGGGGUGAAACGAUUAAUGAUGCGUAUUUCAUCGAUGCAUAGGAAUCAAAGGGAUUUCUGAGACCCAACCGCUUUGAGCCAAAUUCUGUCCACUUGCAAGAGACACUUUUUGUGUGUGUGUGUGUAAAAAAAAUAAUAAGACUCUUCACAUCUAACUAUGUUUCAGGCUAUGGCUCAGUUCCUUUUUUAGAACUUUGUAAUUCACUCAAGGCCGUGUUCCGUUCAGUGUACAUGUAUUGAUACAGAUGCUUAUUUAUAUAGCCAUUACAAACUAUAACAGUUUAGUAUUCAUAGACCUGGCCAUUUGCUACAGAAAUUUCUAGUGAAAAGUGUUAGGACUAACUGGUUAUAAAUAAAACACAAUUUUUGGUUUAAUUUUUUGGUUUACUUUUUCCCCCUGAUACACUUAAUUGUGCAGUGUGUUAAACUAGAGGCAAUAUAAAGCAAGGCCUCCAUGAGUGUAUGAGUGCUCAAAAAUAAAGAAAUAUCUAUCCUUAUCAUAUCGCAUUGAAUAGCUGGAUGGUUCCCUUUUUACUUGCACACGUUAGUGUUGAAUGAAUGCCAAUGUUCUUUCGUCCCUGUGCUCUAAAUCUGUUGCAUGGGAGAGUAAGAGGGGCUGCCACCACUCUCCAGUGAAAACCUUCC